AAGGAUCAAUAAAGAGAGAGAUGGGAGAUGUGAUUCUGUUCAUCGAUGAUACGAAUUCGAAAGUAAGAAUCUCGCGUUGCAGAAUUUGCCAUGAAGAAGAAGAAGAAAGUUUCUUUGAAGUUCCUUGUGCUUGUUCUGGCACCGUUAAGUUCGCACACAGAAAUUGCAUACAACGUUGGUGUGAUGAAAAAGGAAACACAACUUGUGAAAUCUGUCUUCAGGUGUAUAGAGAUGGAUAUACAGCAGUUUCAAAACAAUCUAAAUUCAUUGAAGAAGAAGUCACAAUCAGAGUAAAUGGACGAAGAAGAAGUAGAAGAUUAGUGUCUAUAGCUGAAUCAGAUUUAUCUCAGUGUAAUUCUGUUGCUGAUAGAGGAGCUUCGUUUUGCAGAUCAUUAACUUUUAUUCUUUCAGUAUUUUUGCUGAUGAAACAUACAUUCGAUGUGACUUAUGGAACCGAAGAAUAUCCAUUCUCUGUAUUUACGGUACUAACAUUAAAGGCCAUUGGGAUUUUAUUGCCAAUGUUCAUUAUAAUUCGAACAAUCUCAACUAUUCAGAAAUCUCUCCGUCGUCUUCAAUAUCCUGAAUCUGAAGAAGAUACGUUGAGCUCUGACGACGACGAUGACUUGGAAGAAGAAGAAGAAGAGCAACAACAACAUUUGGCUUAAACUCGCAAUUUAACGAACUUAACAAAUUUGUUUCUAAUUU